AUGGCGCUGAUCAUCGUAUCGGGACUAGCUAGCUCAGGGCGCUCAACACGCUCUGCGCUCAUCAAGGAGGAUCUCGAACGUCGCAUCAAGAAUGGCGGGGCCGCUCCCUCCUCCUCAUCUUCGGCUCGACUACCGACCCGAGUAGUCAUCGUAUCGGAUCACGAUGUUCACGUCGCACGCUCAGCAUACUCAUCACAACGCACCGAGAAGCCUGCAAGGGCCUCAUAUCUGUCUGCUGUCACCCGCGCGCUAGGCAAAGACACAGUUGUCAUCGCCGACGGUGGAGCUGGGCUUAACAUCAAGGGUUUUCGGUAUCAGCUGUGGUGUGCUGCACGCGAAGUCGGUGUCCGCUGUGUGUCGGUCCACGUCCAUGCACCUCCGCAAGUAUGCCGAUUCUGGAACGGAAAACGACGCCAAGAAAAGGGAGAUGACGCGAGCUACGACGACGAGACGCUCGACAGCCUCUUGAUGCGCUUCGAAGAGCCGAACGCCAUGACGAGAUGGGACUCGCCGCUCAUCAUUGUGCCAACCGUCGUCGCUCCCGAGGCGCCAACACUGAUCAGCCAAGAAGGCAUCCUCGUCGAGUCAAUACCGUUCGACGACAUCUGGGACGCUGCAACGAAAGGAUCGGCCAACAAGGCCCCUGACGUUGUGGCCCCGACCCGCUCUACCACGGCCAACUACCUCUCCAUCCUCGAAUCAUCCACUCAGAAUGUGGUGUCUAGCAUCCUACAGCAUCAGUCCAGCUUUGGCCUACAGCCGGGUUCGGAAGUGCCGAUCAACCAUCCAAGCCUCACCGGACCCUCUCCGCUCACAUUCACACCACCAGCGGAUAAGCCAGUGACCAUGGCCUCGCUGCAGCGGAUCCGCCGUCAGUUCGUCCGCAUGCACAGCUCAGGCUCAGCGCAAGUCAGCGAACUCGGAAACGCCGCUAGGUCAGAAGGCGUGCAUUUCUCGCUCACUUCACACGCAUCACAACCUGGCUCCAAGGCCAGUGCUGCUCAGCCGCCGUCGAUUGAAUUCGGCGUUGCAAAACGCUUCCUCGCUUUCUUGGAGGGCGCCGUCUGA